AAUAAUGUUUCUCGACGGUAUGGAGAAGACAUUGCAAUUAAACGAAACCGGGGUGAGUCCCAAAUACGACUAUAUUGAUGCGCUGAUCGAUAUGGACCUCAACAAGGGCAAAUUGAUAAAGAUAAUUGCUUAUAGUAUCUUAAUGAUAAUAUCUGGGACUGGAAAUAUUGCUAUGCUAAUAAUGACUAUAAUACAAAAACAAAAGUCCAAGUUCCGGAUAAACAUCCUGAUGAUGCACCUGGCGAUAGCUGACCUCUUUGUGACGUUUCUGAAGAUACCGUUAGAAAUCGGAUGGUCAAUUACGGUGUCAUGGGAAGCGGGGGACGCGAUGUGUCGUAUAAUGACCUUCUUCAGAUUAUUCGGCCAGUAUCUUUCAUCUUUCGUAAUUGUCUGCAUAAGUAUAGACAG